CUCAUCAAGUCUGGUGCUCCUAGGAAUUGGAUUUGACGAAUGUUUUCUUGUGGUUUAUGUUUUGGGAAGUAAAAUUUAAGAGUUCCGGCUACAGUGUUUAUAAUGUGCAGUGUCUUGUAAUUGUAGAAAUAAUGAAAACGAAACUCUGCCUCACCAUGUGCAAUGAUAAGUGUUAUGUAGUACAUUGUAAUAUUUCCGUAUCAAUUGUAUAUUUCUUCCCCCUUUGUGAGAAAUAUAUUUUGGAGAUGUUUUAAAUACAAAAUUGUGGAAAUACAUGUCUAAUAGAUAUUAAUUUCCAUAUCAUGGACGAGAAAAAAUUACCUCGUUUUGGUGGAUCUAAAGUCUCUGAAAUAGCUAAUAUCUUUCAAGGGAGAAGUCCUGGACAAAAAGAAGACAUUAUUACUCCACUGAAAACUAAGCAGAAAUAUUCUCAUUGUGCUACUGAAAAAAUUGACACUGAUAGUCCUGCUGUGACAGUCAUGCGAACAGAAUCACAUGUAACAAGAUUUAACAAUGCCAGAGCGAUGUUUGAAAAACUUGGGGAAGAAAAUAAGACUGGUCGAGAUAGAAUAAUACCUUUACAAUCUACUAAGAGUGCUUCAAGUAUUUUGGAUUCUAGAUCAAGAACUAGUUCCGCAAACAGUGAAACAAGAGACACAAAGUCGUGCCAUGGCUCUAGGUCACCUUCUCCUUUGGAAAAUAACACUGUAUCUAUUGUUAGUAAUACUGCAAGUAAACCUAACGGCUUUAAAGAUCAUUCAGAGAAGAUGAUUGACUUGAAUGUUAAUAAUCAGGAAUUUGAAAUUAAAAAUGACGAACGAGUAAAACCUAUUGUAAUGAAAAAACCUGAUAAACCAGAUAAACCAGAAAAGCCCGAAAAGCCAGAAAGAAAAUUUAAUAGUAAGGAGUUGAUUGAAAGACAGAGGAACUGGACUUCCCAUUUUUCAAAAACACGUAGCAGUAGAUAUAAUAGCGAUCCUAAUAAAAGUGAAGUUAAAUUAGCUGUUAAUAAUAGCAAUAAAGAGAUAGUCAGUGAUAACAAAGCAAGCCAAGGGGCUACAAGAAGUGCUUCUUUUAGCAGUAGAUUGAAAAGUCCACCUACUUCUCCACCUCCACCUCCAAUUAGAACCGAUGCAUCGAGAAGGCCUAAAGUCCUUAGGAAAGAAAGACCUGCAUCUGUUAUUCCAACUACUUACACAGGCUCAUUGAAAGAAGAAAGUCCAGUUGGUAGUCCUUCAAAAAUUUUACCGCAAUUCGAGAAAUCUGUUCAAGAACAAAUAGCCAGCUUUAUCCUUACGUCUCCAGAUAAUGAUUUGAAACAUUUUUCUAAAUCACAUCAAAAUGUUAAGGAAAAAGAUAAUAAAAAAGAAUUUACCUCAAAAUGCCUAUACAAGGAGACUAGUACAACAGAAGAAAAUUUAACACGUAAAUCACCACUAGAAGACAAGAAUGCAAGUAGAGAAAAUUUAUCAGCAGCCUCUGGAAGUUUAUCUUCUCUCAGUCCACCAAGUAGUCCAAGUAAAAUGAAAUCUGAACAAGAGAAACAAGAACAGGAAUGCAAUGAGAAAACAGUGUUACAUUCUAACGAAAUUCGAAAAUACGAUAAGACUGAAGAAAUUGUGCCAAGAAGAACAAAAGUUUCCAGUAUUUCAGUAAACAUUCCUGCUGCUGGUUUAGGUAGUCGCCCUCCUUCCGUUGUUAGUACCACAGUAUCAGAUGAGGGAGGAUUUAAUGAACCUUCCCCGAAAAUAGAAGCAAAAUUAAAACCUCAUGAAGAAUCUAUUUAUGAUUUUCCUGUUAAUGAAAAUAAAGCUUUAGAAUACACAAAUUCUCCUGAAGACAUAAAUCAGUACAAAGAAAAUUCAUUUUUUUCUGAAUCAAAUUUAACUAAGUUAACUCCAGAACAAAUAGAGGCACUUUAUGCAGUCCCUAAUAAAUCUAGUCAACCUAGUGAUAAAACAUCUCUUCCAUCAACUGAUUCUGAUGUAAUUCAAUAUGCAGUACCUCAUAAACAGCAAAAUAUCAAGCAACAUUCUGUUUCUUCUAACGAAGACGAAUUUUCUCAAUAUGCUGUUCCCUGUAAAUCACUUUGCCAACAAAAAUCUGUCACUUCAACAGACUCCGACAUAUCUCAAGUCACUGUUAUACCUCAAAAGUCUAUCGAUUCAGAUAUUAUGUAUCACAACCACACUAAUGUAAUUACAAAUUCAGUGCUUGCCGAAUUAGAAAGUCAAGAUAGUUAUGAAAAAAACUGUCAGAAUUGUUUAAAAAAAGACGAUAAGAUAAGUCACGAGAAUUCCGAUGUUCAUGAAGCAAGAAAAUCAGAACCUUUCAUUAUGACUCGUGAAGUUUUACAGUCCUCAGACGGGAGUGCUCGAUCGACGGACUUCCAAAAAUCUGAGGCCAAUAUUUUAGAUUUAAAUGAUGUUGAAUAUGUGGAUGCUAGUGACAAUGAUCAGGAUAGUGUAUGCAUUAAAAAAGUACCUGAAGCUGAUGCAAUGACUCCAGAUGAAGCUGAAAAUCUAUUAAGCAGCAAGAACCUGCUCCCUGCACCAAAUAGAAUUCUGGAGAAAAAAAAUAGAUCCGAUAUAUUAUCAGAUGAAGAAGCACAAGAAGUUACCAGACUGCUACACCCGACAGAUACUAAACCUGAUAAAUGGCAGCCAAAUGCAUCUAGUUCACUUCUACAAGAUUCUAUUACUGCGUCUAUGCAUGAUUCUUCAGGGCCAAUAUCUUUGAAUGACAGUCUGGGUCCCCCUUCCCUUCAAGAAGAAUCAGUAAAUGAACCUAUAAUUGAACUCAAUGAACCUUUGUCUCAAAGUUUUAUAGAAAAUCAGGAUAAUGCCAUAAAGGAUAUUGAACCUCUUUCUCAGUAUUAUGAGUCCACUUCAAGUUUAGAUAUAUCUACCCGAGAUGAAGAAGAUGGCUCUAAGGUUGAAUGCAGCGUAUCAGCAACUGAUUCAGGCUUGAUAGAUUCAACAAGUAUAUCAGAAGGAAAUAAUCCGGAACUUAACCAAGAUAAUGGAUUUACUCCAAAGCCAAUACAAGUAGUAGGCAUUGAACAUGGUGUACAUUAUUAUGAAGAUGGGCACUUCUGGAUGGAAGUUCCAGGUUUACCUCCAGAGGAAGAUGAUGAUGAUCUUGAAUUUCCCACAUACAUUCCAAAACCACCAAGUAAAGUGUGUUUUUCAGUGGAACCCAUGAAAGUUUAUUCUACAUUUAGUAUAAAAGAAUAUGAUAGAAGGAAUGAAGACGUGGAUCCUGUUGCGGCUUCUGCGGAAUAUGAGUUAGAAAAACGAGUGGAGAAAAUGGAUGUAUUUCCAGUUGAACUAGUAAAAGGUCCAGAAGGUCUUGGUUUAAGUAUUAUUGGAAUGGGGGUGGGCGCAGAUGCAGGACUGGAAAAAUUAG